AUGGUAGACAAGAGCACGCCGCGGCCGAAAAGACCGCUGACCUUUAUCUCGGAAGGUGCGUCCGAUAUACAGACACAGAAGGCGAAAGAGGAGCACGAGCAGAACAAGUACGAGCAUGAGCGGCAACGAAGGCGGCGAAAGACGCUGCAGGACCAACUGCGAGCGAAUGCUAUCAACAAGCAGAAGGUGUUCAAGAAGCAGGUGCGGGAGAAGGAAAAGUUCAACCGGUUAAGCAAAAGCGAGUUGCAAUUCUUCAAAGAUGCAGACAGAGACCGGCAGCAGACGCAGAAGAAAGAGGACAACUAUUUACAAAGUGGUCUCGCCGAGUUCGAGAGGAAGAAAAAAAUGCUGGAGCGAAGAAAUAACAAAAUUCUGAAUUCUACCGAUGAUGCCAGUGCACCAAUAGAGGGGACCUCGCAACAUCCACGGUCAUUGACGCAGUCACUCGGAAUUGUGAAGAAAAAACCGAAACGGAAAAUUCACGUAUCAUUGAAAUCAUUGGAUGAUCACACACAGUGA